GCCGAGUUAACUGAAAAGCCUGUCAAGAAGAUAAAAUUGUUAAUUUUGAAGCCAAGAGAUCAAAGAUUCUACAAUAUAUUGCAUAUGGAUCUGACGAAUCCGAUGGAGAGGAAGAAUGCAGCUCUUCAGAAGAGAUCCAGGAGCUCAUUAUGCCGCUGAGUAUCAAGCCAAGUGACUUGAUCAUGAACAAGCCUGUUGGCUUUGUCUCGUCUGCAUCAUCCCGUGUUAAGAUUGGCAUCAAUAGCCGCCUAUCAAGCCGAAUGACCAGCUGCUGUCCCAGUCAGCAUAACUUAGCAUGUGAGAGUGACAUCAGCUUCUGCAGUGCCAAUACUGCUCCCCUUCCAUACAGAAAGGAUCUUUUCUGGGAUAUGGGAAUGCUGCAGAGUCGACUUUCAUCAACAGCCAUCCUUAACAAAUGGGUAGCACAUAAUAGCCAGCGUAGACGUAUUGCAGAAAGCUUCCAUCGUGAUAUACCAAGACUGGCACGUCUCAUCAGUAACACCAAAGUUAACAUCACAAAAAGUAUUGAUGGUAAACCUGAAGUGAUUCACUCUAGUACAGCAUUAGCAAGACUGAACAAACUAUGCCCGGUAGAAGAAGAGGAGGAGAAGAUUUUGGUCAACAACGAUGGGUUCUUUACUCCACCCUGUACCAGCAUGACCUUCAUUGGCUCUGACAAUGGACAUUUAGGCCUAUCACUUAACCCCACGCUUACUCCUGAUAUCUUCAAUGCCCUACGGAACCAAGUGAUUAUUCUUGACGGGAUGGUCAGAUCUAAUAGAAAUCAGUUAGCUAUAGAGGCACCAGUAAAUCAUCAUGUUGCUGAACAUCAAUAUAUUGCCCAGGGAGCUGUAAGCAAUGACCUAUGCCUGAAGAGCAAUGACGUAGCCAAACUUGAAGACAUUACAGUAGAAAUUGACAAAAACCACCAAUUAUUUCCAGCCAUCAGCCAUUCUGAGACGACUACCAGCUUAAAUUCUGCCGAACCAACCAAGGAAACCCAGAGUGAAGAAAAACUUGUUGAAAUAGCACAAAAUGUUGUCCAAGGAGCUAUAAAAUCCGCAGUGAAGAUUGUCAAUUCGGUACCUGCACUCAAUGACACGAGUGAGAAGAGCCUGGUAGAAACAGCUCAACUCAUUGUUCAAGACAUAUCAGCUCAUAAUAUGAUCACCAGUGAGGCACAAACAGGAGGAGUUAAUGAUGAUAUUGCUAAGAUCAAUAACCAAGAUGCUGUGAAUGUAAAACCAAAGGGAGAGUAUGUAGCCUGUAAAGUCAAGCCAAUUGUUGCCCCCAAACCAUCAAAAGAAGCAAGGGUAAAGAAGAUGGUUCUGUCCCCAUCCCCUAAACUUGUCGGCGGUGGAAAGAUGCUGGGCAAGAAAGUAGCAUGUGGAGAUGUGACACAGAAAUUUUGCCAAAAUAAUAAUGUCCUUGUGGUCCAGAGUGCUUUUAUUGACGACUGCCCAAUACGACAAGGAUCAACCCGGCGUAAAAUUCAACAUUUUGAAAACAUGAGACUUUUGUUUGAGACGGACCAAGGGAAAGCAAAAACAAACGACAAGUCCUAUGGUAUGAGGCAAAGUAGUAGCCUGCCAUUGAACGAAAGUGAUGUAACUCUGAAUGAUGAGCAACAUAGUAGCCCGGAUGUAGAGGAAAACAACUUGACAAGGCAAAUGGAUGUCAGCUCUAAACCGGAGCAGCAGAAGGCUGUCAGUGUAGAGGAGGAUAGUUCUGAUGGUCUAUUUCAUGAUGCAAUUUCAGAUAUUUACAGCAUACAGGAGAUUCAGCGGAGUGGUAGCAGUGAAGCAGUUGCGAACCAUGAAGUAGUAGAUGGUGUUGAAUCUCUUGAAUCUAACAAUAAUACCAAAGCAUACGAUGACGUCGGAGAAGUAAAAAAUAGCAUUUUCAUCCGUGAUAUUGACAGCAUACAGGAGCUUCAAUGGAGUGGUAGCAGUGAAGCAGUUGCGAACCAUGAAGUAGCAGAUGGUGUUGAAUCUCUUGAAUCUAACAAUAACACCAAAGCAUACGAUGACGUCAGAGAAGUAAAAAAUAGCAUUUUCAUCCGUGAUAUUGACAGCAUACAGGAGCUUCCAUGGAGUGGUAGCAGUGCAGCAGUUGCGAACCAUGAAGUAGUAGAUGGUGUUGAAUCUCUUGAAUCUAACAAUAAUACCAAAGCAUACAAUGACGUCAGAGAAGUAAAAAAUAGCAUUUUCAUCCGUGAUAUUGACAGCAUACAGGAGCUUCAGUGGAGUGAUAGCAGUGGAGCAGUUGCGAACCAUGAAGUAGCAGAUGGUGUUGAAUCUCUUGAAUCUAACAAUAAUACCAAAGCAUACGAUGACGUCGGAGAAGUAAAAAAUAACAUUUUAAUCCGUGAUAUUGACAAUAUACAGGAGUUUCAAUGGAGUGGUAGCAGUGGAGCAGUUGCGAACCAGGAAGUAGCAGAUGGUGUUGAAUCUCUUGAAUCGGACAAGGAUACCAAGGUACAUGAUGUCGUCGUCGAAGGAAAAAACAUGUCAAACAGUGAUACUAACAGCAUACAGGAGCUUCAGCGGAGUGGUAGCAGUGAAGCAGUUGCGAACCAUGAAGUAGCGGAGGGUGUUGAAUCUGUACACAACGUAAGACUAUAUGACAUCGAAGGAGUAAAACAUAGCAUUUGCAACAGUGUCACCGACAGCAUACAAGACGAGCUUCAGUUGAGUGGUAGCAGUGAAGCAGUUAAGAACAAAGUAGCAGAUGGUACCGAAGCCCUUGAGUCAGACAAUAUCCCCAAUGACUAUGACACAAAUGCAACCAAUUUGAUUAAGCAUGACAAGAAGGCAGUCACUCCGAAAACCAGCAACGAAACCACUAAGCGACCAGACAUUGUAGUAGACUCAAAUACGGUUACCCAGUCGGCUGUACCUAGUCGACCAGUAGGAUUCUUCCGCCGCCUUCUUCGUAGACUUCGACAUCGUAUCCGCAAGCUUAGGCGAAGGCGUAGAACUUCAACCCCGACUGGCGCCGAUGAACACCAAGAUGCCACAGCUAAUGAUGAUAAAGACGAUGGCAUAAAAAAUGAGGCUAAUGAUGAUUAUACCAGCAAAGAUGUCGCCGAUGUAAUUUUAUAAUCUUGAAUUUUAAAUCAAUCAGUCCAUAUUUUCACAGGAAACCAUAAUGCAACGUUUAUAUUUCUGUUACUUUGGAUAAUUUCAAUUAGUUUUAUCAAUCAUAUGUGCAAUGUAUUAUAUCUUAUCUAUUCAAGCUUAUAGUAUCAUUCGAAUGUAAUUAAAAUCUUACUAUCAAAAUAUUGUAAUAACGGUUUCUUCUGUAUUUUCAAUCAGUAUAAUAAUGAAUAGUGCGGGAAAGGUAUUUUUAUGUUUGGUUUUGUCUUGGUGUUUAUUACAUAUGUAAUUUGUUAUUCGCACAUCGAAAGGCAUACUGCUACAGAAAUCUGCACCUAAAAUAUAUAAAAUGAUUUUCAAAUUAUUAGCUUGCAUUUAAGUUGAAAAUAGAACGAGAAAAGAAUAUUUUCCUUGCCGAUCAAUGGACGUUUAAAUAAAAUUCCUAUGUUCUUGUAUUUUUCUAUCUAGUUGUUUCACUCUACUGUAGGAAGAAUUGAACUACCAUUUUUCUCUGUAGCUCUCUUCUAUUCCCCUUGCAUAAUGUCCUUGCAUAUACAGUACACCUUUACUUAUAUUAAUUGCAUAAAACAUCUAUAAAAAUAAUUAUAACCUUUUUCAGUGGCAGCGCCAGAGUGAAAUCUGGGAGACAAGUUAGGGGUAAGGUAAAAUUUUAGGAGGCUGGGGUGGCCCGAAGCGGGCGUGGUCUGCCAUCACUCAAAUUGUCUUGAAGCGGUCCAGGGAGCGAGGCCCCAAAGAAUAAUAAUUUAGGGGCUUCAGAGGCUUAUUUAAUCAAUUUUAUAGAUAUAGUCUACUAAUAUGUAGAAAAUACAUAUUGGUUUUCCUCCGAUAUACAUUGGUACAGAGAGUAAUGAACUAAACUUCGACCAGCCGGAGAGUAAUGAACUAAACUUCGACCAGCCAACAAAAUGUUAAAAUGGCACUGCUAGCUGAUAAAUACAUCUGCUUCAU